UAAAACGAAGUGCUCAGCUUUCUGUCUAAAGCUUGAUUCCGAAUCGAAUCCUUGAAGCUGGAAAAUGCCAGUGUAAUUGCCCCAUGAUUUAAUGCUUGUGUUGUAUUGCCUUGUUUGCCGCAGUGACUCUGCAGGUAGUUCACAGUCCAGCUCAGUUUAUCAACUAACUGACUGUGUUCUUUUGUUGCCACCGAUGACUUCUCUUUUGGAAUAUUGAAUAUUGCAGUCGACAAGGCUGCUUGCAUCCCCGCUCGUCGACACACACAUCCUGCUUGGUCAAGGGCCCGCCAGGAAAGAAUUACCAACACGAUCCAUCUCCAUGGACCUUUGCCUUUACUACUUGACAUACUUGUACACCGAAUACAAAGUCGUACCCAGCAACCUACCAUUACCCGUGACCAGGCAUGCACUGAGCAGUAGUCCGUCCACCACUUUUUGCUUGAAGAGUGAGUUGAACAGAAAGAAGAACGAAGAGACGAAGAGAGGAACUCUCAAACAAAGAAAGCAGAAUCGAAUCGAACGGGAUCAAGGAACUCGACUCGAGUUGAAUUGUAUACUACUAGCUAUUGGGUCAACAAAUAUAUAAAAGAUGUGGAGGAUGAAUCUACUACCAACAUCAGUGCUUGCCUUUGUGACAGCAGCAUCGCUCCUGUUACUUCGACCUACAGAGGCCGCCAUUGCCUGCAAUGCCAGCUACAAUCCAUGCGAACUGCUGCUCUACUCGGGAUCGCAAUGUCGGAAUGGCUUUUGCACCAAUCCAUUUGAAAGCGGGUGUCUCACUACACUCCUACGUGAAGAAUUCAAAGCCAACAACAAUACUGACGCUCUGUUGCCCAGUCUGGCACGACGCUUGUCCCGCGACAAACGCGUCUGCAACAGCGACGAUCCUCCCGAUGCUCGCGGCAUUGUGUGUGUGGAUCACACGCAAGAACACUUUGGCUUGUGGAACGAUUACAUGGAAGUUCGGAUUCUCAGUCAAAACUGGGAAAGUGCCUUUUUCGCGUCGUGGAUUCUGCAAAUACUACUGUCCGAAGUGCUGCGAGUACCGACCACAUUGGAAACGGGAGUCGCCAACAAAGGCGUCAACUUUUACUCGGCCACCAACGACUUUGACUAUGGCAAGUCCAAUCUCUGGUCGGCCAUUGAAACCGCCAAUGCCAAUGGCGAUUGUACAAAACUCCACAACGACAAUGACAAUGACACUGCUGACGAUUACGUGCCGUGCGGUCACGUCAUUCCCGAAUUCUGGGGUGGCAACAACCUGAAAGAUCUUUGGUCCAAUCAUCGCGAGGGAAUUGUCGAUGCCCCCGAAGGAUUGGGUGCCAUUGGAACGCAAGGAUUGUUUGUCACCAAAUUCACCGCCGAAACCGAUCCCACUGUACUCAAUCUACUCGGAAUUGCUGGAGAAGAGAAUCGACGCAAGCUAGCCGAAACCUUUUUGAGGCCCACCACGUGGGGAGAGUACUGCAACUUGGUCUCCAAUACCACGUGUGCCACACCAGAUGGAGUGGCACAACGGGCGCCCACAGAAGAGGAAGUCGAUCGCAUGCAUGUACCUGGGCUGUACACGGGGUACUUUCGGGCCACGGAAGAAAAUGAUUGUGACACCUAUCCCGAUACGUGUACAGGGCAUGUUGCGGACUUUCCCUGUGGCUGGAGUUCCUACGUUGGUCCACAAACACAUCACCACAAUAUUGCACUCCAAUCCAGUGGCAAGGAACCGGGUGCACGAGGAUACUCCUAUUCACAACUCGUUGAAAUGUAUGCCGCUGCCAAUGCCACUAAAUCCAAUCUCAUGACCAUGUGGUGGACACCCGAGGCCAUGUAUUCUACAUACCUGGGAACAUCAGCUGAAAUGCAAAAGGUCAUUCUACCCAGUCCCACACAGGAAUGCGUCGAUCAUCGGAUACGAUCGUCUCAACGAUGUGAAUUUGAAACGUCGCAAGAACAAUACGGUGACAAACGAGGGGCAUGCGACGAAGCCCCGCAAUUACUUCAAAAAAUUGUCGGUUCGGGCUUGUACCAGAGGACCUACGAAUCGGGCAUUGAUCCUGCCAAACAAAGUCCGGCAUACGAAGCCGUCAAGGCGUUUCAACUCAGUGAAUUGCAAAUUGGGACCAUUCUCCAACAAUGGAUUAACCGCAAUCAAGAUCGAUACGGAUUCGAUCCGCGACAUGCGACCUGCAUGUGGCUGCGGGAGAAUUUGGAAUAUCUCGAAGACUUUAUUCCACGACAAUUUCCACGGGUGGGACACGAACAGAAUAUUCUGGAAGCGCCACUCUUUUAUGCCGCCAUUGCCUUGGGGACGUUGGCCACGCUCAUGACCAUCGUGGUCACCGUGUUGACGUAUCGGAGGCGGAAUGGAUACGUAAUGAGAUUCAGUCAAGUGGAGUUUCUGUUCCUCCUCUUGUUGGGGUUGCUCUUUGUGUCGGUGGGAUCCAUUCUGUUGGCCAUCCCACCCAGCAAUGGGUCCUGUGUUGCCAUUUCAUGGUUGGUUGGGUUGGGGUACACACUCGAGUUGGUUCCCUUGAUCGUAAAGGUGGCCGCAAUCAACAGGUUGAUGAGUGCAGCCAAGAAGUUCAAGCGCGUAGUUCUCACACAACAACAACUCUUUGGAACGGUAGCCAUGUUCACCAGUAUCAUGGUCGUCUUUCUAGUAUUGUGGAGUGCCAUAGAUACGCCUGAAAGGCAGGGAGAAUACACCUUAACUGACGAGACAACUGAAGACGGAGAACACAUUGUCAUAGUUGGCUACUACUGCAAGUCCAACUCUGAUGCUUGGAGGUACUUGGCUGUCUUGUGGCACUGCAUCUUGCUGAUCUGUGCGACAGUGCUGGCAUUUCAAACCAGAAAUCUACAGGCUGGGUUCUCGGAAUCCACCGUUCUGGCGAUGAUGAUUUACAGUCAUUUCGUCUUUGUCAUGCUUCGUGUCAUCAGCUUCCUGUUGGAAGGGACUAUAUCAGAAUCCUACAUGGCCGGCCUUCGCUCGCUCAUUUACAGCUCAGACGCCAUUGUCACCAUGUGUGUAUACUUCGUUCCAAAGCUCUUGAAAGACGAUGACAAGUUCUACGCACUGACACAUACACCCAGGGGCGGCGUGGCUUUUGGUCGUUCGGUUGUUUCCGUGGGCAACUCUGUGCUAGUGCAGCAGAAUAAUGGCAGUGGUGGCAGCAGCAGUGCCCUUAUUGUUCCACCACCAAAACAGUUGUCCAAACCAGAGAAAGUGGGUGAAACAGAUGAGUUGGAAGACUCUGUCAUCGACCCAGAAGCAAUAAUUGAGCCCUUGACAGCAAGCACAGUUUAUAGUGCAACAGGGCACACAAGUGCGACCGGGCACUCAGUCGGGUUCCACAAUAGUGGCCACAACAGUGGAAGCUCCAUGAAAUCAGCAAUGUCCAAACCCAAAGCAAAGGAAAAGAAAGACAAGAAAGACGUGUUGGGGGACAACAAGGUGUCAUGGGGUGGCAUCAACAUCAGCGAGUGGGUUCGGAGCACUGCCAAAGACAGCGAAGAGAGCACCGGUACGGAGGACGAUUAUCACAACAAUGACCAGGAAAAGGCGCCGUUUGAGAAGCCAGUGGAUGUGCUGAAGGAAAACCGUGACUCAUGGGGAGGACAACAUGUUACUCUGCUAAUUCAUUCGGAAGAGGAUCACAGCAAUCAUGAUGAUGGAGAAGAAUCCGCGAUGAAACCAUGUAUGGAGUCAACCGAGGAUGAUGGGAUAUCCUCGGUCGCUUCGUCGAAACCACAAUCGCGCAAGUCGUUGUUGCCGCCAUCGAAACUUCCGAGCGCAGGAACAAGUCGGUUCAGCUACUGUUCUUCGCGUAUCAACCGGACACGGAGCAUUCAUACCGCAGCAUCUCCUGAAAUGGAGAUGACAGAAACGUUUCAUGACGAAGAUGACAAAACGCACAAGUCGUAGUCGAGGAACUGGGGUUGGGGCGCUGGGGUGAUACUACAGUAGUAGAUAAUCUAUAAGACCAUUGUACCAAUAGUU